AUGGUGUGGAUAUGCGGAAAUAGAUGUGGAACUAUUCCAAUUACUUGUUUGAAUUCAAAAUAUACUGAAAACUAUGAAGCAAAAUUUAAAGCUGACAGUCGCUACAGGACUAGAUUUAUGAUUUUCUCUGCUGAAUUCACUGAGAAUUGGGCUUUAGUUGCUUCAAAUCCGAAUAUUAAUUUUAUUAGAGAAUUGAUUUCGAGAAAUUACUUUUCUUUAAUGUUACACGAAGUUAGUAGUACAACGGCAACACUUCAAACAGAAUUAUUGACAAUCCAUUGCUUUGAUGCAAUACAAAUAUUUCUGGUUGAAAUCGGAGAAAAUUAUCCCGAACUUGAUGAUAAGAAAUGGUUCUUAAAACUUUUGUUCUUAACGGAUAUAAUGAACCAUUAUAAUGAAUUCAACAAACGACUUCAAGGUAACGGUCAUACAAUUUUAAAAUUAUUUGAAGAAUGGAAGAGUUUUUGCUCAAAAAUAGUUUUAUUUGAAACAGAUGUAAAAACUCGUAAGUUUAACUAUUUCUUACAUCUUAAAAGUCAAGAAGAAAAAGGCACUAUUGAUGAUUCCGACGUAAAGACAUUUGAGUCUUAUAUUAAUAGCAUGAAAGACGAAUUUGAAAAUAGAUUUCAAACUUUGAAAACGCACGGCCCAAUGUUUACGUUUAUAACGAAGCCGGAUGUAGUUGAUGAAACUAUUUUAGAAUUACAAUAUUUUGAGUUCCUCGAAAUCACCAAUUUCAGCUUAGAACUGAUUGAUUUGAAAAGUUUCACUUUAUGGACUGAUAAAUUUGAAACUUUACGUCGCGAUUUAGAAAAAACUGAAGACAAUCAUCUUGAUAUAAUAUCCACAUGCUGGGCAUCUCUUCCAACAAAGUUUACAUGCCUAAAAAAAGUUGCAUUUGCUCUUUUAUCUGCAUUUGGAUCAAGUUAUAAUUGUGAACAAACAUUUUCACAAAUGAAGUAUAUAUUAAAUAAAAACAGGAGUAGUUUGACUACGGAGCAUUCUGAUGAAUGUGUCCGACUUAAGGUAUCAACAUAUGAACCAAACUUGUCCAAAUUAACUGCAACAGCACAGCAUCAUGGAAGUCACUGA